GGAAGGCCUAACCUCCUGAAUUAAGAAAUAUAAAUAUUAGAGACGAGGACUCUGCUACCACACAGUAAUUAAGAGACUGAAAUUUGAGUUCUUGUCCAAAAGCAAAGCCAUGGAUCUGGGUUCCAGUUGGGUGAUCCUAAUAUGCGUCGUGGGUGCUUUGGUGGCUCUGAAACGAGUUCUACAGAGAGCAAAUUGGUGGCUCUACGAAGCCAAACUGGGUGAACUUCAGUAUGCACUGCCCCCAGGUGACCUUGGCUGGCCUUUCAUUGGCAAUAUGUGGUCAUUUCUCAAAGCUUUCAAGUCUACUGACCCUGAUUCUUUCAUGCGCUCCAUUACUACCAGAUAUGGACGUUGUGGAAUCUACAAGGGCUUCAUGUUUGGGAAACCUAGUGUAUUCGUGACAUCGCCUGAAGCAUGUAGAAGAGUAUUAAAUGAUGAUGAAGCAUUUCAGCCUGGCUGGCCUAAAUCCACCAUGGAGCUCAUUGGAAACAAGUCAUUCAUUGGUAUUUCUUAUGAAGAACACAAGCGUCUUCGGCGGCUCACUGCAGCUCCUGUCAAUGGUCAUGAAGCUCUCUCUGUAUAUGUGAAUUACAUUGAAGAAAUUGUGAUUUCUGCCUUGGAAAAAUGGUCCACUAUGGGAGAGAUCGAGUUCUUAACUCAACUAAGGAAGCUAACCUUCAGAAUCAUAAUGUAUAUCUUCCUUGGCUCCGAAAGCGAGCCUGUCAUGGAGGCUUUGGAGAGAGAAUAUACAGCACUUAACUAUGGGGUCAGAGCCAUGGCAGUUAAUCUUCCUGGAUUUGCAUACCACAAAGCACUCAAGGCGCGCAAAAACCUUGUGGCUGCAUUACAAUCUGCAAUAGAUGAGCGCAGAAAACAAAGGAAGGAAAAUAUUUCAUCAAAGAAGAAAGAUAUGAUGGAUGCUCUGAUAGAUGUUCAAGAUGAAAAUGGUAGAAAAUUGGACGAUGAAGAAAUCAUUGAUGUUCUGUUGAUGUACUUGAAUGCAGGUCAUGAAUCUUCUGGCCAUACCGCUAUGUGGGCUGCUGUUUUUCUUGAGCGGCACCCAGAAUUUCUCAAAAGGGCUAAGGAAGAGCAGGAGGAGAUCAUCAGAAGGAGGCCACCAACACAAAAGGGAUUGACACUUAAGGAAAUUAGAGAGAUGAAUUAUCUUUCCAACGUCAUUGAUGAAACACUUCGUUUGGUUACAUUCUCACUCACCGUUUUCCGAGAGGCAAAAGUAGAUGUCAAGUUGAAUGGAUAUAUUAUUCCCAAGGGUUGGAAAGUUCUUGUGUGGUUCAGAAGUGUUCACUUGGAUCCUGAAAUCUAUCCAAAUCCAACGGAAUUCAAUCCUUCUCGUUGGGAUAAUUUUACACCCAAAGCAGGAAGUUUCCUUCCCUUUGGAGCAGGAAGUCGUCUGUGCCCUGGAAAUGAUCUAGCAAAACUUGAAAUCUCCAUCUUCCUUCAUCAUUUUCUCCUCAAUUAUGAGCUCGAACGACUCAACCCUGAAUGUUCACUGAUGUAUUUGCCUCAUUCAAGACCUAAAGAUAACUGCGUGGCCAAAGUCAAGAAAAUUCCAUAUUCGACCGUGAAGAAACAGGAAUGAUUGCACACCACCUACAAUAGGUCUAUAUAUAUAUAGGACAAACCUACAUUCAUACACAAUGAUGGUUGCUUAUAUAAGGAGGAAGGAGUUGAAUCUGAGUUCAGUGACAGAGUUAGGGGGGCUGAAUAUAAAAUGUUACUCAUAUGUUUUUAUGAAUAUAAAAUAUAUAUAUUAUAAGUCGAUAUAUAUAUUAAGUGCUGUUUUGAUUCUCCUGAAAAUAAAUUUCGAU